CGGCAGUGUUUCCUUGGCACACGGAAAUGAAUCUUGGAGAUUUUGUGUGACUGAACGGCGCCUGUUGUGCUUCCUUAUCUGUUAUUUCGUUUACGGAUCGUCGGAGUCAGUCUUCAGACCGAAGAGAAGCUCAUCCCCGGGCUUUAGUUGCGGUGAACCGCCGUGAACCGUUAGCCGUUAGCUGUUAGCCGUUAUUUGUUGUGGUCAUGGCGGCAGGAAGCGGCGCAGCUCCAACACACGUCGGUGAUGUUGAAGAAGAUGCUUCACAGUUGCUGUUUCCUAAAGAGUUUGAGAAUGCAGAGACUUUGUUGAACUCGGAGGUUCACAUGUUGUUGGAGCACAGGAAGCAGCAGAACGAGAGCGCCGAGGAUGAGCAGGAACUGUCUGAGGUCUUUAUGAAGACCCUGAACUACACGGCUCGCUUCAGCCGGUUCAAGAACCGUGAGACCAUCACGGCCGUACGCAGCCUCCUUCUGCAGAAGAAGCUCCAUAAGUUCGAGUUAGCCAGUUUAGCUAACCUGUGUCCUGAAGCUGCUGAGGAGGCCAAAGCCCUGAUCCCAAGUCUGGAGGGUCGGUUUGAAGACGAAGAGCUGCAGCAGAUCCUCGACGACAUCCAGACCAAGAGGAGCUUCCAGUACUGAGACCCAGACCUCCAUCAGACCCGGAUCCUCCCUCACAGGGCGGUAGAAUUCUGUUUGUCUGAACUGAAUGGAUUGGUCCUGGCCACAGAGACUGACCAUGUGACCUGAUGGCAUCAUGGCCAAUCGUAUUGAGUCUUUUUGUUUAUAAUAAACUGUGAUUUUUUUUUUUUUUUU